UCUGAUGUAUUUGUGGGGAGGAAGGUGAUCUCCAUGUCUUACUUGUUCACCAUCUUGAAGCUAAUCUUCAUUGGCAUUCUUGACAUAGCUGGUUUUGAGAUGCUUAAUUAUAACAGCAUUGAAGAAAUUUGCAUUAAUUUUACCACUGAAAAUUUACAACAGUUCUUCAGUCAGCACAUGCUGGUUAUGGAGCAAGAGGAAAAGAGGAGAGAAGGCAUUGACUGGGUGUCCAUUGAGUUUGGCCUGGACUUGCAAGCCUGCAAAGAUCUCAUUGAGAAGCCAACGGGCAUCUUUUCCAUCCUUGAAGAGGAAUGUAUGUUUCAUCAGGCUGCAGAUGUGACUUUCAAGACCAAACUUUCUGACAACCAUUUUGGAAAGCCAGUUCAUUUCCAGAAGCCCAAGCCUGACAAUAAGAAGAAAUAUGAAGCUCACUUUGACCUUGUCCAUUGUGCAGGAGUGGUGCCUUAUAACAUCAGUGGCUGGCUUGAAAAGAACAAAGACUUUCUUAAUGAAACAGUGGUGGCUGUAUUUCAGAAGUCGUCCAACAGACUCCUAGCAAAACUCUUUGAAAAUUACAUCACAGCAGAGGGACACACUCUACAGUUUGGGGAGAAGAAAGGCAAGAAAGGAGCUUCAUUCCAAAUGGUUGCAUCUCUGCAUAAAGAAAACCUAAAUAAGUUGAUGACUAACCUGAAAUCAACAGCACCUCAUUUGAGAUGCAUAACUCCCAAUGUGAACAAAAUGUCAGAUGUAAUGGAUGCUUAUUUGGUUCUACAGCAGCUGCGCUGUAAUGGUGUCUUGGAAGGGAUCAGGGUAUGCAGUGAAGGCUUUCCAAACCGACUGCUGUAUGCUGAUUUUAAACAAAGGUACUACAUUCUGAACCAAAGGGCCUUUCCAAAGAGCAAGUUUGUGAGCAGCAGAAAAGCAGCUGAAGAAUUACUUGGCUCCUUGGAGAUAGACCAUACACAGUACCACUUUGGAAUCACUAAGGUGUUUUUAAAAGUCGGCUUUCUGGGCCAACUGAAAGCAAUGAGAGAUGAGAGACCAUCUAAAGUCUUCACAUUGUUCCAAGCCAGGGUAUGGGGAAAAUUGAUGCAAAUCAAAUUCCAGAGGAUUCUGGGAGAGAGGGAUGCACUUCUUUUGAACCAGUGGAACGUAAGAGCUUUCAUGGCUGUGAAGGGCUGGCCGUGGAUGAGGCUCUUCUUCAAGAUCAAGCCUUUUGUUAGAUCUGCUGGAAUGGGAAAGGAGGUAGCUGGACUCAAGGAAGAGUGUGUGCAGCUGCAAAAAGCGCUGGCGAAAUCAGAAUCUCCGAGGGAGGAGCUGAAAGCCAAGCAAAUCUCCCUACACCAGGAAAAGAAUGACUUGCUUCUUCAGCUGCAGGCUGUGACUGAGACCCUGGCAAAUGCUGAAGAGCAGUGCGAGUCGCUGAUUAGAUCCAAGAUCCAGCUGGAGGCCAGCGUCCAGGCGCUGCCUGCGUUGGGGGUUGGGGAGGAAGAAGAGGAGGUAAAUUCCCAGCUGACUGCCGGAGGGCGGAGACUCGAAGAUGAAUGUUCCGCGUCGAAGAAGAAAGAAAUCGAUGACCUGGAGACACUAUUGGCAAAGUCACAGAAGGAGAAGCGUGCUUCAGAGUACAAGGUUAAGAAUCUGACUGAGGAGGUGGAGUCUCUCAGUGAGGACGUCAGCAGACUUCAGCGAGCAGCCAGGGCGCGGGAGGCCUGCCAGCAGACCCUGGAGGACCUGCACGCAGAAGAGGAGAAAACCCUCACCCUGAGCAAAACCAAGCUGACACUAGAGCAGCCAGUGAACGAGCUUGAGGGUGCCCUUGAACAGGAGAGCAAAGCGAGAACGAACUGGGAAAAGGAAAAGUGCAAACUGGAGGGCGAGGUAAAGCUGAACCGGGAAAGCAUGGAGGACCUGGAGAGCAGGCAGCUGCAGCUAGCAGGAAAGCUGAGGAGGAAAGAAUUAGAAAUGAAUCAGAUGAGCUCAAAGGUGGAGAAUGAGAAAGGCCUGGUGGCUCAGCUUCAGAAGAUGGUUAAAGAGCUCCAGGCUCAGAUACAGGUUUUGAAAGACAAACUGGAAGCUUAAAGGACCACUCGAGCCAAGGUAGAAAGGGAGAGAACUGACCUCAGAGAGCUGGAAGACCUGAAUGAGGGGCUGGAGGAGACAGCAGAGGCCAGUUUGGCUCAACUGGAAAUAACUAAAGAACAAGAAACAAAAUUCCAGAAGCUCCGCUGAGACAUGGUAGAGUCCACACUGCACUUUGAGGCAACCUCUGCCUCUUUGAAGAGGCACAGAGACAGCCUGGCUGAGCUGGAGAGCCAGGUAGAAAAUCUACAACAGGUCGAGCAGACACUGGAAAAAGACAAGAGUGACCUGCAGCUCAAAGUGAAUGAUGUCCUGACCCAUGUUGAGCAGAUGACCAGAGCUAAGGGUGAUGCUGAGAACCUCUGUAGUCUGUGAGAGCACUUGAAUGAAGAAAAUGCAAAACUAGAUGAAGUGACUCAGUUGGCAAAUGAUCUGACAGCACAGAAAACAACGCUACGGAGUGAAAAUGGUGAGUUCCUAAAAAGGCUAGAAGAAAAGGAAGCUCUGAUAAACCAACUUUCCAGGGAAAAUAUUACCUUCACUCUGCAGAUUCAAGACCUGAAAUGGCAAUUGGCAGAAGAGACCAAAUUACAGAGCGCCCUGGCCCAGGCCGUGAAGUCGGCCAAGCGUGACUGUGACCUGCUAUGAGAGCAGUACCAGGAAGAACAAGAGGCCAAGGCUGAGCUUCUCUGGGCCCUGUUCAAAGACAAUGCUGAAAUUGUUAAGCGGAGAACCAAGUAUGAAGACGACACCAUCCGGAGCACUGAGGACUUGGAGGAUGCCAAGAAGAAGCUGGCAAUUCGGUCGCAGGAGGCUGCCGAAGCCAUGGGGGUGGCCCAUGCCAGAAGGGCCUCCCUGGAGAGGGCCAGGCUCUGACCGCAGCUCGAGUUCGGGGACACCCUGUUGCAUCGUGGGAAGGCGCACCGUGCGGCCGCUGCGCUGGACCAGCGGCAACAGCACUUCGACCAGUGCCUGGAGGGCUGGAGGCGGGAGCACGAGUAGCCUCAGGCGAUGCCAGACGCCCCGCAGAGGAGGCCGGGGGCCCUCAGCGCCCGGCUCCUCAAGCUCAGGCACACCUACGAGGAGAGCGCCGCGAGUCAGCGGACCCUCCGGAGGGUGAACAAAAACCUGAAGGAAGAGAUUUCUAAUCUGAAAAAUCAGUUGAAAGUAGGAAAGAAGAACUUAAGUGAAAUGGAAAAGGUCAAGAAGUAGAUUGAACAAGAAAAGACUGAAGUCCAAAUGGCAUCGGAAGAGGCCGAGGAAGCUCUGGAACGCAACGAAAGCAAGAUUCUUCGUCUGCAGCUUGAACUCUCAGAAACUAAAGCGGAAAUUGAAAGAAAGCUUUCAGAGAAAGAUGAAGAGAUAGAAAAAUGUAGGAGGAAGCAGCAGUGUGCUAUUGACUCCCUGCAGUCGAGUCUAGAUUCUGAAGUUCGGAGCAGAAUUGAGGCCACUGGGCUGAAGAGGAGCAUGGAAGGGGACCUCACUGAGACGGAACUCCAGCUCAGCCGUGUCAACCGCCAGGUGUCAGAGGCAACCAAAUCCCUGGGCCAGCUUCAGAUCCAGAUCAAGGACCUUCAGGCGCAGCUGGAGGACAGCACAUGCCUGAACAGUGAGCUGAAGCAGCAGAUGGCGGUGGCCGAGCUGUGCAACGCUCUUCUCCAGGCUGAACUCGAGGAGCUGAGGGCCUCGCAUGAGCAGACAGAAUGCAGGCGCAGGCUGGCGGAGGAAGAGCUCCUGAAAGCCACAAAAAAAAUCAAUCUUUUCCACACCCAGAACACGAGUCUCCUCAGCCAGAAGAAGGAACUGGAGGUUGAUGUUGCCAGGAUGCAGAAGGAAGCUGAAGAGGCGAUGCGAGGGUGUCAAAGUGCAGAAGAGAAGGCCAAGAAGCCACCUACUGAGGUAGCAAAUGUGUCAGAAGAACUGAAGAAGGAGCAAGAUACCAAUGCCCGCUUGGGGAGGAUGAGAGAGAACAUGGAGCGGAGAGACUUACAGGAAAGGCUGGAUGACGCUGAGCAGACUGCCGUGAUAGGGAAUAGAAAGCAAAGCCAGAAACUCGAAUCCAGGGUCCGUGAACUGGAUGGUAAACUGGAAAGCGAAGUCCGAGGCAUCGCGGAGGCCCAGUGGGGAGCCCGCAGGUUUGAGCGAUGCAUCAAAGAGCUGACGCACCAGCCUUUCCUCCCUUUUCUUCAGAUGGAGAAGACCAGAGAUUCCAUGGUAGCAGAGGCACAGUCUCGCUCACCACUCUGGGCCCAGCACCUUCCUAGCACAGUGAAGCAGAAGCUAGUCAAUAACUUUCCAAGUAUAAGAAGCAGCAACAUGAGUAGAAUGGAGCUAAGUAAAGGGCAGAGAUAGCCGAAUCUCAAGUUAAUAAGCUCAAGAUUAAAGCAAAAGAGUUUGGAGAAAAGGUUAAUGUGCAGGCUCUGAGCUCCAGGGCCUAGAUUCAUGUGGGUAGAACCGUCAGAAGUCCAGGGAGCAAAGAUGAUUAAAGAAGCACAGAUGCAUCUGCUUGAAAUUCUAAGUGAACUCCUUCUAUUGUGGGCAAGAGGAGAGCCUGAAAUUCCUUCAACUGUCAUAAACCAAAGGAAAAGGUUUUCUCAUAGAACUGUGCAUCAGGUCUGUGGAGCAAAUCGGUGAUGUGGCUAGUGUCUCCCUCAUGGGGUCUUCUAUAGAGGGCGCUGCCUUCGCUGGCAACGCAAGGCGAGCAAAAAAUUGAGUGACCGAGCACACCCUUGCAGUGAAUUACCGGUGUCUGCUUUCUCUCAUGCAGAUAAUUGCCUCAAUUCCCUGCCUCCCUUUGAAGCUAAUGAAGAGUUGGCUAAGUCCUGCUUACGUCUGGAAAGCACUGGGUUUGGUUCUUGGUAUGCGGUGCACUAAUGAAAGUCACAGGAAUCUCACAGAACACGCUGAUAUUCUGUUUUUCGGGUUCAUGAAGAAUGACCAGUCCUUGUUUAUAAAGGACAGAGGCUGGAGAAGUACAAGGAGCUAGAGGUAAAAGCAACAAAAUUGCCGCCAUGACUGCCACCAAUGUUGAAAUUGUUCCGACAACUGUUUCUUGACUUGCUUCAACAAAAAGUCUAUAAGCUGGAAGAAAAGUUACCAGAAAAUAAAAGAAAAUGUAUAGAUGGUGAGUAGAGUAUGUUUACUAAUUUUAUAACUAGCUAUUUCUGCGUUCUGGAUGGGAGACAGAUUUCAUAUUAGUGAAAAAACUCUUCCUAGUGAAAAGACCCAUUAAAGAUAUGAACAGCAGCCCUGUCUGGACCAGAGUUGUUCAUGAGCAUAAAUAAUAACUCCCAACCUCAAUGCGUCUAUUGUGGGGAACCUGCCAAAGCUGUGAUAUUAACCAAUUUGGGGCCUAGUGGGGAUGAGAGUCAGGAGAGAAAAAGUCUGAAAACUUGAGAGACAAUGAGUCUUCUAUGUAUUUUAAGUCUUUAUUGUUUUUUAUUGUAAUAAGAUAAUCAACACACUUUUACAAAGGAAUAAUUAUGACUACAAACUAGCCUCAGCCUAGUGUAUUCCUUGGGGGAUGAAGGGAGGUUGCAGUGUACCCUUGGCUUGGACAAGGCUGGAUCCUAGAGGGACAGAGAUGAGCAGUGCAGAGGGGAUGAGAAGAGUUGAGUAGGAGCCAUGGUCUUGAGUAAAAGGUGACAGGUGACCACCAGGAUAACCAAUAGUGCUUGGAGCUCCUCAGGAAUAACUGGAGGAGCCAGAACUCUUUUCAGCAUCUUGGUUGGAACUAGCAUUGUUAUAAUUGGUAUUAAAGGAAGUGGGGAACUCAGACGCCAGAAACUUGGAGACCUUGAGUAACCAAAGUCAGAACCAGCUAAUCUUAUAAUCCAUGUUCUACCAAAGAGUAAGGAGCAAGCACUAGAGAACAGAGGUCAAAUUCAGGGGGGAAGAUAAUUAUGGCUUUUCUUUAAAAUGAACAGCUCUGUAUAAUGGAUGUCAAUUUUUAUGAAUAUACUUUUACUUAAUGUUUUACAACCAAUAAAACAUUAAUCUCUCCACACAUUUGUCAUCCUGAAAUUCUAUACCCACAUAGAGAAGGAGUAAUUAAGUAGAAAUGUUGACUUCCUAAAGUGUUUUCAUAGGCAUAUUUUUCCUCCUGAAGAAAAUUCUGCAAUGUAUAGCUUCUUACUUUAUCCAUGACCCUCAGUUCCCCCAUCUGUAAAGGGAUUUGUCCAAGAUCACAUAUUGAUUCAGCAGCAAAAUUUAGCAAGAAUUAUUUAAUUUCAUUCAAUUCAGUGCAACCUUUCUAGAGAAGAUCCAGACUCUAGGAAUCAUAAGCCCCGCUAUCUGGGCCUCCUUUUCAAAUACUGCAGUAUUUCCUGGGCAAGGCAGCAAGCAGAAAAUUGCAAUUCAGUACAGAACAGCAAGUUUCCUUGAAAGAGUGUUUCUCCUGUUCCCUGCCCUGAUGGGGUAGUUCCUGCUAUAGACCUCUUUCUGGGGGGAAGUAUGGGCAAACCCUCUUGCAGUCUCAACUGACCGGUAUUUUACUUCAGAAUGAGAGGUUCUGAAAAGCUUUUCUUUGACAGAGAUGGAAUGGUCAUCCUGCUUCACUUUGUGUAAACUGAAAAUUAGACCUCUAAUUAGAAAGAUGGGCCAGAUGUGGUCUUCAGACUGUUUCUUCCUGAUUAUUUUUCUAAACUCCAAAAUGAAUCCAACAUUUAAGAAAAUAGAAUUAAAGCUUAACUGUAUUUUAUGUAAAAGUGACAGUCCUAUUUUGGGGAAAAACAGGAGCUUCAUCUGCAUCUCAGUUUUCAGUACCCUCAAAGUAGCAACUCUGCAAAGGGAGUGUUAUCACUCAGUGUCUUGAAGUUUCUAUCUAUUUGAAGUUGUCCUUGACCCAAGGACAACUCUGUAUUCUUAUCUCCAAAACGCACUACAUAGAAUCUCCAAACCUUCAAAUCUGUUAUUUCUCCUAAUUUUCAUAAC